AGCAUCGUCUGCCGUUAAUGACCUAAACUCAGCUAGAGCAAUGAUUCUCCGCUGCUGCCGCCUGCCGGCCUUGUCUCUCGUCCCCUCACCGGCGGCCCGCGAUUUCUGCCCUCUAAAACACUAUUUGAAAUUCUCGGUUGGAAGAUUUUCGUCGUCGAGCUCACAAGGUCAUGUCUCGGCUUCAAAGGCUGCAAAACCGUUGGUCUCGGACCCGGCGCGGUCUGUUCGCACGGUUCUCUUCGUUCCGCCGGGAGUGGAGCUGGAAGAGGUGAAGGAGGACAUGGUUUUGCCCGGUUCGAACAUCGUGGUCGGACCAUACGCGGGUCAUUCACAGAUAAAGGAAGUGCAAUUCGUGAAGAGCAGCCCGCGGGCGAAGGAUUGCCCCAAAGACGAUAAACCGGAGUUCGCCAUUGUAGGGAGGUCCAAUGUUGGCAAGUCUUCGCUAAUCAAUUCCUUGGUUCGGAAGAAAGAACUUGCUCUUACAUCCAAAAAGCCAGGGAAGACCCAAUUGAUAAAUCAUUUCUUGGUUAAUAAGAGUUGGUACCUUGUGGAUUUGCCUGGUUACGGAUUUGCUAAAGCUCCAGAUGCAGCUAUAAUGGAUUGGUCUGCCUUCACAAAGGGCUACUUUCUGAACAGAGAAACACUUGUUGCAGUUCUACUCCUCAUUGAUGCAAGUGUUCCACCUCAAAAGAUUGAUCUAGACUGUGCAAACUGGCUCGGUCGCAACAAUAUACCAUUAACGUUCGUGUUCACCAAGUGCGACAAGGUAAAAGGUGGGAAAGGAACUAGGCCAGAUGAGAACGUAAGGAAUUUCCAAGAGUUGAUCGAUAAAAACUAUCGGCAACAACCGCCGUGGAUCAUGACGAGUAGUGUCACAGGGUUUGGAAGGGAUGAGCUUCUCUUGCACAUGUCACAGCUUAGGAACUUCUGGGAUCAGUAACUGGUGCUAAGUUUAAAAAAGAGAACUGAUGCGACCUGUAUUGUAUUCAUACUUUCCACUGACUUGUUAAGAUAUUUUUUUGACAAGUAACUUGUUCAAAUAUGGUGCGAAUGCCAGUUGCCAUCUCUAUCGGAAAACAACUCUCCACAAGGGAAUCAUUAUCAUCCCACUGGUUCGUGGCUUCAUCAAUUAAUACCCUUACCGUCGUCGCGUAAAGGUAUAUAGGUUUGUGUAUAGGCAUUGGCC